GGAGAGUUUGCAACAGGGCAGCACCGACAGAGACGAGGCAACACUCCUCACAGAGCUGAGAGCGCACAAGGCAGAACACGGUCCUGGUGAAGCUCUCAUUCUGACAACAGGGAAGGAUUCAAUACACCAAACUUGGUGGAUUACUCUCCCAUACACCAGUAAAUACCGCUGUAUGGCAUGAGAAGCAGAUGGGAUGGAGGAGGACAUGGAAACAGAAUCCUUAAGUCUUCUGAUAGGAGACUCCGAUGAGCAUCAGGAUCAGGAUGAGGACAUUACUGAUCGUUUUACAGACGAGGCUGAUACGCCGAUGGAAAUAAAUCCAGCAUCUGAGAGUGCUUCAUCAACUGGAGAAAAAUUGGUGCCUGAGCUUACGGUUGUGGUGAUUGGUGACACAAAUUCAGUGCAGCCUGGAUCAAGAAACCUCUUACUCGCCCAUGACGACCAAGCAGCUGCAGUAGAUGAUUGCAUACACUUUUCAUUCAAAUUGUAUGACUUGUGUGGUCGGCACAUAUCUGUGAUUAACUUACUUGGCCUUCAGAAUGCUGAGCAGCUGGAACAGGAGUCACUGCUGGGUCACAUUGAUCAGAUUGUACAUGAGCAGGGAAUUCAUGCCUUUCUCUUGCUGAUAUCAAAUGGUCAGCAUGUCAGCCACUACACUUCAGGAGUGCAGCGGUUAGAACAAAUAUUUGGGAAAGAAUCACUUGCUUUUGCCAUUACUGUUGUGACUCAUGGCUCAGAUGAAAAAUGUGACAGUGCUCUGACAGACCUGAAAGCCAGUAGUGAAUUAGAUGAAAAAAGGUACCACACAUGUUCAAAACAUAUGAGUGAUGAAAAAGAGAUAAUGGCUUUAAUAGAAAAAAUAGAUGUCAUGGUCUCUGACAAUGAGCCAAACCGCUACAGAGGAGCAGUGUGCACUCAAAACAAAGAGCAGCAGCUGAUAAUGGAUCAAAAAACCAGUGAAGAAGAGAGGACCAGCGACUCUGUGGUUCAUCAAACGGCUGAAAGUGAUGAAGAGGAGGAUAAAUUGGAGGAUGCAGUAGAAACCAAGAAUAAGUGUGAACCAGUUAGUGAACCUGAUGGUGUCAUAAACUCAGAGACGAAUGAAACUGCUGAGCAAGAUAACAAGACAAUAACAAGAGAUUCUGAAAUCGAGUCUGUUGACACAUCUGCUGCAAAUGAGAAAGGUUGCAUAAAUGAAUAUACAGAUGAAGACAAAGAUCAGGAUGGAGAGACACAACUCUAUGAAAACUCUAUGAAGAAUUCAGAAGAGAUCACCUCAGCGGAGCAAAGUCAAAGAGACAUUGACACAUUGCUUAGCAGACUUCGCCUCGACAAUUACAAAAAUCAACAGAAGUUGACACUAGAAAAUUUUCUUAGCUUAGGCCCACCCGUAAAACAGCACCAAGAGACAUCUGAGCAGGACUUAGCUCGAACCUUUCUUCAGAGGUUGAUGAUGCUAGACCACAGAGCCAGAUACAUCCUUGUAGAACAGAACAGUGCUGAGGAGAGUCAUCCAAACAAAGUGCAAACUGCCAACAGUACGGAUGCAGAUGAAAAUGAUUUUGAUGUUUUUUUCAGCACUGUUCCAAACACUGAUCAACAUGACAGACAUGACAUUCAUCCAAUGGAUGUUCAGAUGGCAGUAUUUCACAGCUCAGAUAAUUUUCUCAGGCAGAACAUGGUUACCAAGUUAUCACAGUGUCAGUACGCCUUACCUCUGCUUGUGCCUGAUCCAUUCAAAAUGGAUAUUGAGUGUCCUCUGUGGACAUUGAGACAAAUAAGAAAAAGCUGGAAGAGGACAGAUAACUCAAACAUUGUCACAAUGAGCAAUAUUCCUAUCUAUAAAGCUGAGACACCCAUGGUGUCAUUUUUCCGUCUUGGUUCAAUCUCAUCAUCUAAAUCUCAGCUGAUGAACGCUUUAAUCAAUAACCGUCACAACACAUUCUUUCAUAGGAACUGCCCAGGCAACAGCAAGUCUCGCUACUUGAUGGAUGGUGUGGCAGAGAUUGCCUGGUACUGCCCUGCUGGAAAAUCUAAUGAUGCUUUCAGUGACUGUAUUGCCUUCUGCAAUCUUCAUGGUGAUGCUCUAGCACAUGAAAAACAGCGUGACAUACUGAUUGAAAAAGCUUCAGUCAAUGUUGUUCUACUACCAACUGUGAAAAAAGGUGGCAAAAGUUCAGCAAUUAUUUCAGCUCUUCUCAAGUCUCCAAAGCCUCUCAUCUGUCUCAUUGCUGAUAAUGACAGCGCUGCAAUUCAGAAGAAACCUGGAAAAUACAUGAUGGGUCUGAAAGACAAAAGUCAGUCAGAUGUACCUGAAGAACUCAAAAAAAUCCUCAGAAAAAUGUUGUCUGUGCAAGAUGUGUCCUUCAAGCUUGAAACUAUGGCCAAUGUCCCUGGGAUCAGAGUGGAUGAAAAUGAUGGGGUCUGCUUAGAAGGGAAAUGUGCUGCUUUACAGAUACUCGAAUUGUUUCAUGAGUUGGAUGUGUCAAAGAUCAAAGAGACAUUUCUCCAAUGUCAAGGCCAAUUGUGGCAUGAGUGGUGCAACAAAAACAAAGAACUAUAUCACCUCAGGGGACAAAUUGAGAAGCAAAAAUGUCAGAGACAGCAAGAACUGAAGCAAAUACGACAAAAACAAUAUCAGAUUCCGUCCAGUCCCCUUAUGCAGUUAUUUACUGAAAAUCUCCAGAAGCUGUCAUCAAAUGAGAAAAUAUAUUUCCUGAAGUGGACUGGAAUCUUACUGGAUGACCUAUCCACAGAUGACCUCUCUGCGAUUCUCCAACAAUAUGAUAACAAGUGGUGUGAGGUCUUGGCUUUGAGGAAGAAACAUGAGAAAUCAGAUCAGUUAAAAAAUCUGCAAAUUGAGCUUGAAGAAAUAUCAACAAAACUCCAGUCAGCAACAUUUGGAUUAGAGCACAUCUUUAGGGAAAUGGGACAGCUCUACGAAGCCCGUGCAUCUCUGACGAAUAAAAUAAAGAGAGGACAGACUAAUUGGUCCAUGUACCCUGAACUGGCUGCAGAGCUGAUGAUAUCAGGACACCCAAUGGAGCUUCUGGAUGGUGAUGCUGGUCACGUGCCAUUAACUUGGAUCAGUAGUGUUUUUGAUGUUGUCAUCGAGAAACUGGGAGACAAGCAAGUUUUUGUUUUGUCAGUUCUAGGCCUCCAAAGCAGCGGAAAAUCAACAAUGCUGAAUGCCAUGUUUGGGUUGCAGUUUGCUGUAAGUGCUGGCAGGUGCACAAGGGGUGCCUUCAUGCAGCUUGUGAAAGUUUCAGCGGAGAUUCAGAAAGACUUUAAGUUUGACUAUGUUCUAGUUGUGGACACUGAAGGACUGCGUGCUCUGGAGUUGGAAGGGAACACCAAUCUUCACCAUGACAAUGAACUGGCAACAUUUGUCAUUGGUCUUGGAAACUUGACUUUGGUCAACAUUUUUGGAGAAAAUGCAGCUGAGAUGCAAGAUAUCCUUCAGAUUGCUGUACAGGCAUUCAUGAGGAUGAAGAAGGUCAACCUGUCACCAAGCUGUGUGUUUGUACACCAGAAUGUUACUGAUAUUGGAGCUGGAGAGAGAAACAUGGAAGGAAGGAGGCGCUUACAAGAAAAACUGGACAAGAUGGCCCAACUAGCUGCCAAAGAGGAGGUUUGUGACGCUGAGUGCUUCAGUGAUGUCAUUGCAUUUGAUGUACAAAAAGAUGUUAAAUACUUUGCCCAACUGUGGGAGGGAAGUCCACCUAUGGCCCCUCCAAACCCAGGUUACAGCGAGAGCAUCCAAGAGCUGAAGAACAUCAUUCUCUCAAAAGCAUCAAAGUCUAAUGGGAUGACUCUUUUACAAUUCAAAAAUCGCAUUCUGGACCUCUGGAAGGCCUUGCUGAAUGAACACUUUGUUUUCAGUUUCAAAAACACACUUGAAAUUGCAGUGUACAGAAAACUUGAGGCUCAGUAUGGGAACUGGACUUGGAUGUUGAGGGAAGCCCUGCUGAACAUCGAAAACCAACUUCAUAACAGAAUUGAAAAUGAAAACCUUGACAAGGUUGAUCACAGUUAUCUCAUAAAGGAGAUGACCACUUCUCAUGAAGAAGUCAAAACAGCUAUGAAGACAUACUUUGAUGAAAAUGAAGACAAAGAAAUGUUGGCUCAAUGGCGAGGCCGAUUUGAAAGCAAAAUAAAGGAGUUUCAUGAUGAACAAAUGAAGGGAGUUAAAAGAAAACUGGAGGAGGUUAUCCAGCAGAAGAAAGCUCGCAAAAAGCUAGAUGAUAAGAAGACAGACUUUGAGAACAAACUGCUACAAAAGAGCAAAGAGUUGGCUCGUGAGUUGAGAGACAUGGCCAAAAAUGAGGGACUUGAACUUGAACUUGAUGUAGAACAUCAGUUCAACAGUGUCUGGGAUGUGUGGGUCAAUGAAUUAACUGAAGGUACCGGACGGAUAAAGAAUAUUGACAUAGAAGAGGAAGAGUUUUGUGUUCUUACAGAGCUUGGUAUUGAAUCAUCUCUUAUGCACGAACGCAAAGACUCUGGUAAAUACAAAAAGAUAUCAACAAUUGGGAAUUUUAUUGAUUAUGUGACCCUUACCAAGCACCAAGAUCUUGGAGACAAAAGUGAACAAUCUGAAGACACUGAGAGGGAGACCAAGGAGACAAAAAGACAAAGAAAAAAUAUUGUAACCCGAUUAUGGGAGGGUAUCAAAAAAUCCUUUGGAUUUGGACCAGAAGUACAACUAGACUCAAGCAGUGCUUUGCCGCAUGAAGAACAACGAGCAAUCAGAGAUCUCAUUAGAUAUGUUGAAAAAGUGACCAUGGACAUAAUUAAAAGCAAAUCUGUGGCUACAAGAGGCUACAACAGGACUUACUUGCAUGAAGUACUCAAAAUAGUGAAAGAAAAACUGCAAGACUCUGAAUCAAGGAAGAAGCCUUUUGCAUUUAAGAAUGAGUUUAAAGUGGAUCUCUUACUGUAUGUUUGUGACAUUGCAUGGAAUCAGCUUUUAAAGUCUCACCACAAUUUCAGGAAUAACAAUGAUGCACUCAUGUAUUUGGAAAGCAAGAAAAAACAAUAUUAUAGCAUAUUUGUGAGCUAUUGUAAAAAUAACUCCUCUGCUGCUGUGCUUGCUGAGUUGAUUGGUGGCCAACUGGAGGCUUCUGUCGAUGAGGCUGUGUACAACAAGACUGCCAUUGACCUGGCCGGAGAGAUGAAGUCUAGUUUCCCACCUUUCACUGGAAACAAGGUAAACUUAGAGAAACACAUUUUGCAAUCACUAGCAGAAGAAGAGGACUUUGACAAAUACAUGAUGUACAUUCAGCACCCAAGGAAACUAGUAGAGAGUUUCAUAAAAAAGGCUGUAAAGGAAUACAUCUCCACCCAACAGGACAAAGUAGAUAGUAUACUCAAGAAAAACGUGACCAGCACAAUGCAGCUUUUGAGUCGAGCAGUGCACAGUGCAACAGAGAAAGUUAGAAGUCAAAGAGGAAACACUGACAUGUGGAUGGGGGAGUUUUCCAGAUUGUUAAAAGAUCACCUCAAGUUUAAUACUAACUGUUUGCAGAAUUUUAGUGAUAUAGACAAUUUUGACUUUCUCAAGGAGGAGCUAGACAAAGGCCUUGAAACUGUUAGUGAGAAGAUGGGAAGCCUCUCAGUGCACCGCAUGGAGGAAUUCAGUGUGAGGCCUGAUGAAAUUCUCAUUGACCAACUGUGCAGUUCCUGCUGGGCACAGUGUCCUUUCUGUAAUGCCAUUUGCACCAACACUCUGGAGGAUCACAGCCCUGAUGACCACUGUGUCCCUUUUCAUCGCCCUUAUGGAAUCAGUGGGUGGCACUAUAGAGGUACAGUGGAAUUUAGCAUCAAUUUCUGCUCAACAUCAGUUGCAAGUGAUCAUCAUUUUUACCCUCAUUAUAAUUCAGAACAGAGCAUUCCAUUUAAACUAUACCGAACUGCAGGACCUAAAUAUGCUCACUGGAGUAUUACACCUGAUGAGUCCAAGCUGAUAUAUUGGAAGUGGUUUGUAUGCCGAUUUCAGAAGGAACUGGAGGAACACCAUGGAUUGAAAUUCCAGAACAGAGGAGAAAUUCCCAGCGAGUGGAAGUCUCACACCAAAGAAGAAGCUAUCAAAAGUUUGGAGAACAUGUGAAGUCUGUCCUCCCUCAGCAGGAGAUUCGCAAAGCCUCAUUUUGCCCUUAUCUCUGAGAGAUUAGUGUGUCUGUGAAGGACAAAUGGGAAAAGACAGCAAAAUAUCACACUGUUGGAGAGAAAUCUGAGUUCUGAAUCAGUCAGAUAUUAAUGAAUUCAUCAGUGUCUUACAUUGUAGGACACUGUACUUACAUUAAGAAGUAGGGAAAUGGCACUGUGUGGAAUGGCAGCAAAGGAGAAUAAAUAUAUAUACAUAUAGUUAUGCUGUUAGUUUGCCAAUAAAGGAGGAAGACUAAAUGUAUUACACACAGUAAGAUGAAUCAUGAUGUUUUUGUUUUUUUUUCAUUUGAUUAAAAUGUGGAAUUUGUUUGUUUAAACAAGAUGUAUGCAAUUAUGUUGCAAGGAAACAACUGCAUACACUGUCAGAGUUUAUUGACAUAUCUUCAGCUUUCUUUAGCUUUUUCACUAUUAUCUAUAAAUUGCAUCUGAUAGUGUUUCUGACAUGUAACACAAGUAUUGUUAUCUUUGUUUUUAGAUAUAUUUCCUAGCAUAUAUUUAUAUUACAGUGUGUAUUGCAGCUGUAUUACCUAAUUCGUAGAAUACAUUGUGUGUGUUUGGAAUUAAAGAAUGGAUAUGUAUGUUUCCAAUAUUUUUAAGUUUUGUAUUGAACUAUGUGUUGCUUAAACAGUUUCUUAUAUCUUACAUAUCUUAAUAUUUUUUAUCCGUGCAUAUUAUAUCAGUUUGUUUUUCAUACUGUUGCUCUGUGUGAGGUUCAGCAGAGACAUUUAUUAUGAGAAGUGACGAAUACAAGCCAUCAUCUGAUUUUUUUUCUUUUUUCUUAAGCUUUUAGUGUUUUACUUUUUUUCUACAAUUUCAAAAUCGGUGUGACAUAACAGAAAUAUUAUAUUUGUGGUCUAUGUUUUUUAUGAGGCUGAAAUUGCAUGUUUUUUAUAAGGAAUUACAUUUUUU